CCUUCUAUUGGUGGAGUAUCUAGGUCAUCGCAUGUCAGUGCGCAAAAGAACGAUAACUCUAUUUCCCCUCAUCGUCUUUAUUGGAUCCGAAUCCAGCAUGGCUACUGUUGUUGUGGCUGUGGAUGAAAGUAAAUUUGCUGAGAAUGCAUUCAGAUGGUAUGCAGCUAACAUCCAUAAACCCACAAACAGGGUGAUUUUACUACAUGCCAUGGAGAACAUCUUUGUCCCUGAAAUGAGGAGAAGCACGUUUCCUACAACAAUGAGUCCUGGAAGAAUUCAAGAACUCCAGAAGGAGGCAGAGGAAAAGUCAGCAGCACUGAAAAAAAAAUUUGUCGAUAUGGCUGCCAGUCUUGGGGUUAAUGCUGAAGUCCGCAUAGAAAAAGUUGACGGUAAACCAGAAUAUGCAAUUGUGGAUGUGGCCAGCCAGGAGAAUGCUGGUUGUAUAGUGACCGGAACUAGGGGAAUGGGAGUAAUAAGGAGAACCAUUCUGGGCAGUACCAGUGACUUUAUUCUUCAUCAUGCCAGCUGUCCCGUGGUCGUCUGCAAAUUAGAGGAAUAAAAAUUGAAACUAUUCACGCCGAAUAAAUACUUGUCGGGAAAUCCAUAAAUGUUGUCUGGUUUCUGGAACUGUGUUCAGUUAAGCAUAAUAUUGUAAUGUUGAUUUUAAGAUACAGUGUACAUGUUAUCAAAGAUUGCGUAGAAUUAUGUCGUAUCUUACAAAAUGUAAGUAAUUUUCCAAAUUAGUGAUAAGCCAAAUCCCACAAUGCCGGGCUGUAACCAUUCAAGAGUCAACACCAUGUAGAGUCAGUUGUCUCCUAGGACCAAUGAUAGAUUUACUUCAGAUCCAAGGAAUAUUUUAUUUUGAUUUGUGCUUUUCAUUUAUGUACGAUGAUUUAGAUGUUCUGUAUAUGUAUUGUUAUGAAACUCUGUAAUACACCUCAUAUUAAGUCAUUCGGUCAAUUCACAACCAGCGAUUUAAAGCGUGACACUGGGUUCGUAUUUUAGUAAACAUUGGGUUUGCACCAAAUCGUUAUGCGCUAGUAGUCUACCAUAUACGGAAUUGUGAUCAAUAUGUAAUAAAAAUAUUGCAAGAAAUUCUUAAA